AUGGCACUAUCAACUUCACAGAUCGAUAUUGACGCCAAGACAAUAUAUGAUUACCAUCGUAUGGGGAUGUCUCUCAGUCCCGCAACAGCCAUAUUCUGUCUGUGUAGUCUCGACAAACGUGUCGCGGUUCGUGCCGCACAGUUGUCUCUUGACGGGUACGGGGAGUACCUCAUCUACUCAGGUGGAGUCGGCAAGUUAACAGCAGGUCGAUUUACCAAGCCUGAAGCUGAGGUCUUCGCGGACAUUGCGAGGCAAUUGGGUGUGCCAGACGACAAGAUCAUUGUGGAGCCGCGAUCUGGCAACACGGGCGAAAAUGUUCGCUUCACACAUGCCCUUCUAAAACACCGGGGGUUGAGUAUGAAGAGCUUCGUGCUUGUACAGAAGCCUUAUAUGGAAAGACGGACCUAUGCUACGUUUCUGAAGCAAUGGCCUGAUACGGCUACGGAGUUUACAGUAACGAGCCCAAAGCUGGAAUUUGAACAAUACCCAGAUACGGAGAACCCGAAGGAGCUGGUCGUCAAUAUCAUGGUUGGAGAUUUAAUAAGAAUCCGAGAAUAUCCGAAGAAGGGCUUCCAAAUCGAACAGGAGAUUCCCGAAGAUGUAUGGGAGGCCAACCAGCGUCUCAUUGCAGCCGGAUUCGACGGUCAUCUGCCUUGA